AUGGCGCAGUUGAAUGAGGAUCGGAGCAGCAUGUGCUCGUCAGCUGGCCCGAAGGGAGUCCAUCUCGCCCUGACGUACUCUACCAACCUCGAGGCAAUGAAUGCGCUUGUAAAAGAGCUUAGAUCCAGCCAACCGGCAGCAGAUGGCGCCGAUGCACUUCGCAUUUCAGUCCACCAGGUUGACGUUGCGUCUGCAGAGCAAAUCCAGACCAUGUUCGCGCAGAUUGACAAGGAGCACGGACAGCGACCGGACAUUCUUGUCUCCAACGCAGGCUACGGCAAGCGCGUCCCACAGGUUUGGGAUAUCACACUGGAAGAGUUUGACUAUACCAUCAACGUAAAUCUGCGGGCCUCCUUCAUCCUGGUGAAGGGGGUUGUCGACCGUAUGAGGGAGCAGCGAUGGGGUCGGAUCGUCUUUAUGUCUUCGAUUGCUGGGUACGGCGGCGGAAUCAAUGGAUGCCACUAUGCCGCGUCGAAAGGCGGGAUGACUGGCAUGAUGAAGAAUCUCGCGACUCGUCUGGCGGAAUAUAAUAUCAGCGUCAAUGACGUGGCGCCGGCCAUGAUCGGUGACACUGGCAUGAUUCCUAGCGCUCAAGCCAUCCCUGACGUUGCAGCGGGAAUUCCGCUUGGUCGACUGGGUACCCCUGACGAAGUGGCUAAUGUUGUGAGCAUGCUCGUAACGACGGGCUACAUGACUGGCCAGAGUUUGCUGCUGGCGGGUGGUUUAAAAUAA